AUGGCCAUGCUGGGGAAACUACAGAGCCUCUGUGCGAUUGGCUACCAUGGGGGCGCGGCGCUCAGGUCGCGGACGCUUCUGAUUGGUGCUUUGGAGCAGCGGGGCGGGAUUCUGCUUACAGCCGCGGGAGGUCCGGACAGUGGCGGCCAUGGGACUCGAGGUGUAGAUCCUACUGACUUCACUCCAGAACCACUUAGGAGGCAUGAGAGUGUAAUAACUGUUGUUGUUGUCAGCAGACUUGUUUACAGAAAAGGGACUGAUUUGCUUAGUGGUAUAAUACCUGAACUCUGUCAGAAAUACCAAGAGUUACAUUUCCUAAUUGGAGGAGAGGGACCAAAGAGAAUCAUUUUGGAAGAAGUACGGGAAAGAUACCAACUCCAUGACAGGGUGCAGCUUUUGGGAGCUUUAGAACACAAGGAUGUUAGAAAUGUCUUAGUUCAAGGACAUAUUUUUCUUAACACCUCCCUCACUGAAGCGUUCUGCAUGGCAAUCGUGGAAGCCGCCAGUUGUGGUUUGCAGGUCGUCAGCACAAAGGUUGGCGGGAUUCCUGAAGUCCUUCCAGAAAGUCUUAUUAUUUUAUGUGAGCCUUCAGUAAAAUCUUUGUGUGAAGGUCUGGAAAAAGCCAUUUUCCAGUUGAAGUCGGGGACAUUGCCAACUCCAGAAAAUAUCCACAAUAUAGUGAAGACUUUCUACACCUGGCGGAAUGUGGCAGAGAGAACUGAAAAAGUGUAUGAGCGUGUGUCAAAGGAAACCGUGUUGCCAAUGCACAAGAGAUUGGACAGGCUCAUC